GAUGUGUUAUUGUUACUUAAUAAAUUGACUGAUGAAUUGGUUUGGAAUAUAGCCUGAGCUUUCUGGUUAACAAAUGAUCCUGAGUUAAAUAGAGCUCAAGUUAUAGGAUGUACUCAUGUGAUCAACUUUCACAUAUUUGUACAGUCUGCCUCAGAAGUACCUACCUAAUUUGUGGUUUCAGUCAUGGUUAUGUUUUGCUUUCAUACCUUAGGAACGAUUUGCCAGACUUCAAUGAAAUUUGGAAUGUAGCUCACAUCAACAUGUUUUGUCAUCCAUGCAGCUGCAAGUUUAGCUUUUGCUGUCUACUCCUGGAUCCAUUGGCUCUCUCCUGGUUACGACGGGUAUCAUACGAGCCAAACAAGCCAUGUCGCGGUGCCAGUCACGGGUCGUCACAUCUCCCCAGGACCGGAAGCCUGCCGCCCUAUCAGCUCUGCAGCAGUAUGGGGGCUCUGAGUCUGACUCUGACUCUGACAUGGAGGUCGACGUGGAACGACUCGCAGAAAAGCGUCGUAACUCAGACCGGGCCGCGCCCGAAUCAAAGCGUCCCCGCGAGGCACUGCCUUUGCCCUCCGCUGUUCAGGAGAUGUUCUCAGACCAAAGCGAGCAACACCAAGAUAAGCCCGACGAACACGAGGGCCGGGUGCGGGGCUUUGCGCACGUGCGCGGCAACUGGGCCUCGUACGUGUUCAUCCCGUUCGAGGCGACGCCGCUGUUCGAUUCGCUGGUGCAGACGUGCCUGGUGAUUUGUGAGCGACUGGUGAAGAUGACGGCUCAGGAGGAGUUUCACAUCAGCCUGACACGCACCGUGGUGCUCAAGCACCACUGGAUUCAGGAGUUUGUCCAGUCCAUCAGACAAGCCAUGGAGUCGUUCCAAAGGUUCCAGUUGUCGGUCGGGCCGGCGCGGGUGUACGUCAAUGACGAGGGCACGCGCACCUUCCUGGGUCUGACGGUGACCACCGGACUGGAGGCGGUGACAAAGACGAGUCAGAGGCUGGACCGCUGUCUGGACGAGUACGGGCUACCGCCGUUCUACGAGGAGGGCUCGUUCCACCUGUCGGUGGCUUGGGCGGUGGGCGACCGCAGUGCUGCCCUCCAGCGGCUGCUGCCCGAACUGGACACGGCCGUGGCCACCUACGCCAGCCAGAGCCCGCUGGUCUGUGACGUCACACGGCUGGAGUGCCGCUGCGGGAACCGGAGGUUUGACGUGCCGCUGGGCGGGGCUGAGAGGUGACCUGGGUGGUGACCUGACCUCUCCUAGGGUGGGGACCUGAACAGUGAGCUGUGACCUGACCCGGGCCGAACUCUCCUGAGCGGUGACCCGUGCAGACAUCCCCUGCUCUAGUUGUGACUUGAACUGAGUUGAGCCCUCCGGGGCGACCUGACCUACUCCGGGACGGUGAUCUGAUCCAGUUGGACCUCUCCGGGGUGGUGACCUGACCCGCUUUGACCUCUCCUGCGCGGUGACCUGACCCGAGCUCUCCUGUCAGCAAUAACGUGGUCGUCAGUGGUCAGUAUGUACGGGUCUGGUGACCCACGGAUCAUGUGCUGUGAUUGUUUCGCCAUCAGCCCUAUCGGUGUCGAUGGCUCGCCAAUGGUUUUAUCGCGGGUUUGGCAUCACCCAUUAUCGACUAUGUUCAUUGUUUGUGCAUCACCAUCGUUGUCUCUGUUGCGUGGGAAAAUGAAUACGAGGCUAAAAUGGUCA